AUGGCAUCAAACGAAAGCAGCAUUAAUAUGGGUUUCAAAGAGACACCUUUUUACCUCUAUUCCAAGCCAGACGUUACAAUAGUGGCCGGAGAUAACGAGAUCGAGGUACAUGAGUUUGUACUCGCAUCACAGUCAGAGUUCUUUAAAGCUGCACUCCAUUGCGGUUUAAAGGAGUCCCGAGAAAGACGCAUUGCGCUGCCUGAAAUUCAACCAAACACCAUUUUUGCAGUCUUGAACUGGCUGUAUAGAGCGCCUUUAGUCCCAUACUUUCAGGAUAAAGACGCGUCCUCAGUUUUUUCGGAGGCUUCUACACGGAUGUUACAGGAUAUCAUGCAGGCCUUUGACUUUUUGCAGAUAAAGGGUGCCGGGAAGGAUUACUGUAAAUUUGUUGAAGAGUACCUUCAAAAAGUCGGAACAGGCUGCUACCCCCGCCCCGAAAAUUCCCAUGCUCACCAUAUCGUCACCCAAAUGAACGAAGUUUAUAAGUCUGGAGGCUCAAUCACCGCGGAAGCUAUAGAGAGGCUCGUUUGUGGGAUAGAUGAGAGUCGGGCUUUUACUUACAGGACUUAUAGUAACGUAGGUGCCUGCUUUUUUCAAGCGUUUCAGGGGAUAUCGGAUCCCGAUGGAAGGUGUUUUCGUGAUCUUUUGUUACCAUAUGCCAGAAAAUUUCAGGAACGCCCCCCUCCAAAAUAA